GGAUUGAGGACCUCUGUAAAGAGGCGAAGCUGGACUGUUAAGACAAAUUUGUGCAUAGUUGGGUCGUCCGGAUGGUGUCAUAGCUGGGUCUGUGAGCGAGUGAGUCUCCGUACACGUGGAUCGACGAGGAGGGGAGACGUACAGGAGAGGAUUGAGGCCGAGGGGAGGUAGAGGGCAGGAGUGGAUUUGAAUUUGGUGUUGGAAGGCGGGCCAGAUCUUGACGUGAGACGAGAAUUGGGUUGGAGAAGAGAAGGAUGUGAGAUCCGGAAGCUGGGAGUCUUGAGAAUGAAGGAGAAGGGGGGUCUUGAGGGAUGGAACAAGGGGUAACGAAGUGGGUCGACGAGCCACAGCAGCAUCUCCAUGGAGCAGCACGGCCUGAGUUUCGUGGAGGAUUUUGGGCAGAAGGUGGACCUAACUCAGCGUAUCAGGGAGGUUCUUGCCAAUUAUCCGGAAGGUACCACUAUAUUGAAGGAGCUUAUUCAGAACGCAGAUGAUGCGGGAGCCACCCGAAUUUCGUUCUGCUUGGAUCGUCGGCAACAUGGAGUGGAGUCGCUCGUUUAUGGACCGUUGGCGGAGUGGCAGGGGCCCGCAUUGUUGGCUCAUAACAAUGCACAAUUUGCCGAGGAGGAUUUUGAAAGUAUAUCCAGAAUUGGAGACAGUAAAAAGCGUGGGCAAGCAUGGAAGACAGGACGCUUUGGGGUUGGCUUCAAUUCUGUGUACCAUCUAUCGGACUUACCCUCGUUUGUUAGUGGUAAGUACGUCGUUCUCUUUGAUCCACACUGCAAAUUUCUCCCGAGAGUUUCUGCAGCGAACCCGGGAAAGAGGAUUGACUUUGUGAGCUCCUCCGCGUUGCAACGGCACAAGGAUCAGUUUGCACCGUACAUUGCAUUCGGCUGCGAUAUGCAAAAUCCAUAUGAUGGAACUCUAUUUCGUUUCCCCUUAAGAAGCGUGCAGCAAGCUGAAGAUAGUAGGCUCUCCAGGCAGUCGUACACGGAGGAUGAUAUGAGCUCGUUGCUCUAUGAGCUGUACUUAGAAGCCGUUCCAGCCAUGCUUUUUCUCAAAAACAUUGAAGUGAUAGAAAUAUACGACUGGCAAGAGGGUGCACCCGAUCCCAGCCGAGUCUACUCGUGUCAGGUCCAGUCAGUGUCAGCAGAGAUUCGCUGGCACAGACAGGCAUUCGCAAGACUAUCGAUGGCACAAGUGGCACCGAAUAAAGGUUCAUCGCCUGUGCCGAACCAUGACAUAUUUAGUCUCGACUUUACAAGUGAAGUUUACUCCGGAGUGCAUAAAGGAAUCAGAAGAAGCGAGUCGUUUUUGAUUUCUCAGUGUAUGGGCGCAACUGCAAGCAGAAUCGGAGCACUUGCACAAAAUGCAGCAAAGGAUUAUGAUUUACAUCUUGUUCCUUGGGCAUCUAUAGCCGCCAACGUCUCCAGUGAUGGUACAAAGGUACAGAAUGCAAUGGAGGGCCGUGCAUUUUGUUUCCUACCUCUUCCAGCGAAGACGGGUUUACCAGUGCAUGUGAAUGGAUACUUCGAGCUUUCAUCAAAUCGUCGUGACAUUUGGUACGGUCAGGAUAUGGAUAGAGGUGGAAAACUACGGUCGGACUGGAACGUGUGUCUACUGGAGGAUGUAGUUGCUUCUGCCUUCGCACAAUUGCUGCUCGAGGCUUCAAGGCGCCUUGGACAUUCUUCUCUCUACUAUUCCUUAUGGCCCACUGGAAACUUCUCUGAGCCGUGGCUGACUUUGGUCAGGCGCCUCUUCAGUAGUGUAGCUGAACUGCCAGUGCUGCAUACUCCAACCGGAGGUGGAAAGUGGGUUAGUCCUGUUCAAGCUCUCUACCACGAUGAAGAGUUCUCAGAUGCUGAGAAUCUUGCUAAGGCUCUUGUCGCUGAAGGAUUGACUCUUGUACGAGUGUCAGACCCACUGAGGGCCAUGUUGUUUGAGAAAUACUGUGUUCUUUCUCCAAGGGUGGUUCUUCCUAGGACAGUCAGGGAUCAGUUGCGGAAACAAGUUAGGCAUGGAGGUUUGAUGGACAGGAGCUGUGCGUUGGUGCUUUUGGAGUACUGUUUAGGGGAUGUGAUUGAUGAAGAAGCAGCUGCCGUUCUUCAAGGGUUACCUCUUAUACCGUUGUCAGAUGGUGGAUGGGCAGUGUUUGGAAGAAGAGGCAAGGGCAACGUCUUUGUAUGCAGUGAACUAGAAUGCAAGAUUUUUCAAAGCUUACCUAGCAAGGUUGUCUCCAGGGAGAUUCCCGGGAUGGUCCUUAGUAGACUCGAGAGCAUAGCUCAUCUCUCUAGCACCAAUCUUUGUCCUCUUACCGAUGUUUUUCUGUUGGAAAUGCUUCCCUACUUAAUGCCAGCUGACUGGAGAAAUCAGGACGAAGUUGAGUGGAGGCCAGAGGCCUUUGCUAGACAUCCAAAGCAGGAAUGGUUCUCUCUUCUUUGGGAAUAUCUUCGAGCAUCUUGCAAAGAUUUAUCAAUCUUGCAAGAGUGGCCUCUGCUUCCAUCAGCUGGUGGGCUGUUGUUGAGACCUGUGGCUGUCUCAAAGUUGAUCCGGGGUGGUGUAUGGAGCUCGAAUAUGGAAAGCUUGCUUCUAAAACUGGGGUGCCAGUUUUUGCGGACUGACCUGGGCGUUGAUCACCCGCAGAUUUCCUACUAUGUCCAUGAAGCCACGGCCCCAGGUGUUUUAGAUGCCAUAUCAGCAGCAGCGCUGAACCAUCUACUUCGUCUGACUCAGAUGUUUGAGAGCGUCUCGCCUGCGGAGCGUCGUGAACUACGUGACUAUUUGUACAAUUCGAAGUGGUACAUCGGAGAGCAAAUGAAGGAAAGCCACUUUCGGGUCUUCAAAGCUCUCCCCAUCUUUGAAGCAUACAAUGGGUCCGGAACGGCCGAGAUGCUCUUUGUAGAUCUUGGUGGUCCUAAGCGCUUUCUUGCCCCAGCGGACAUGGAUGAGUUUCUGCUUGGGCCGGAGUUUUUGUGUGCAAGUUCUGAUCGGGAAGCUGAAGUUUUGACAAGGUUACUGGGCAUACGACGGCUUGGUAGACCUGCAUUUUAUAAAUGGAGGGUUCUGGGUCGCGUAAGUGAACUUCCACCCGAUCUUCGUGACCGCAUGAUGUUGAGCGUUCUUCGAGAGUUGCCGCAAUUGUGUGCAGUAGAUCCAUCUAUCAGGGAGAUGCUUAAACAGCUGGCUUUCAUUCCGAAUGCCGGUGGUAGCCUGAGAAUACCAAGGACUCUCUACGACCCUCGGAACGUCGAACUUAGGACACUUCUAGAUGACAAGGAUUCCUUCCCGGCCGGAGAGUUUGCAGCUUCUGAGGUACUAGAAAUGCUCCAGGGUUUAGGUCUAAGGACAACCAUCACACCGGAGACCGUUAUUCAAAGUGCCAGACAAACAGAGGCUCUGAUCAACAGCGACCCUCAAGCUGCUUGCGCUCGUGGCCGGGCACUCCUGGCAUAUUUAGAACUCAAUGCGAACAAGUGGUUGCCUCAAGUUGAAGACGAUUCAAGCAAAAGUUUCGGACGAAUCUUCAUGAAAGUUUCUACCAGUUUCCAAUCUUCUGAAGCAAACACUAUCACUGAUGCAGUCCUCAGCAAGUUUUGGAUUGAGCUCGCUACAAUAUGCUGGUGUCCGGUUCUCAUGCAUCCUCCUCAUCCUCAUCUGCCUUGGCCCUCUGUAGGCCAGCCAGUGGCUCCUCCGAAGUUAGUGCGGCUACAAGCAGAUAUGUGGUUAGCUUCAGCUAGCAUGCGCAUACUUGAUGGAGAGUGUCGGUCGUCGGUCCUUUCGCUGAAGCUUGGCUGGGCAUCCGGUCUGAGUGGGAGUGUUUUGGCUGCUCAACUGCUAGAAUUGGGCAAAAAUCACCUAGUUGUGGAAGACAGGGCCCUCGGUCAGGCUCUAGCAACAGCAGUGCCUCGCAUCUAUACGCUGCUGAACAACAUUCUAGCCACCGAAGAAAUGGAGAUUGUGAAGGCAGUACUUGAAGGAAGUCGGUGGGUGUGGGUCGGGGAUGGCUUUGCAAGUGUGCAGGAGGUGGCCUUUAGUGGGCCUCUCCACCUUGCACCUUACCUACGUGUAAUCCCGGCUGAUCUUGCUGCUUUCAAAGAGCUGUUGUUAGAAUUGGGUGUCCGUGAAACCCUGACGCCCACGGAAUUCGCCCUUGUCCUUGCAAACAUGGCGAAGGAUAAAUGUGGUGCUCCGCUUGAUGCCCGGCAGUUGAGUGCUGCCAUUUGGUUGGUUCAGCAUUUGGCUGAUUUGCAUCUGCAGCUCUCACCCUUCGUUCCAGAUGCUAGUUCUAUACUUACACCAGCAUCUGAACUUGUUUACAACGAUGCUCCUUGGCUGUCUAAUUCCGAGUCUUCACCAAACCUAAUUGGGCAAUCCAGCCUCAAAGGUCCAAGGUUUGUACACUCAAAAAUAUCGAGUGAUGUUGCCGAGCGGUUAGGGGUUCGUUCGCUCCGAAGGCUACUUGUGGCUGAAAGUGCGGAUUCUAUGGAUUUGGGUCUUCAUGAGGCCGCAGAAGCAUUUGGGCAGCAUGAAGCUUUAACAACAAGGUUGAAGCACAUUGUGGAAAUGUACGCAGAUGGUCCUGGGAUCCUUUGUGAACUUGUGCAGAAUGCAGAUGAUGCGGGUGCGUCGGACGUCAGCUUUCUAUUAGAUAAAACACAGUAUGGGACAUCAUCAGUCCUCUCGCCUCGUAUGGCAGAGUGGCAAGGAGCUGCUCUGUACUGUCUGAACAAUUCAGUUUUUACUGCUCGAGAUCUCUACGCUAUUUCUCGUAUCGGACAGGACAGUAAGCUUGAGAAGCCGUCAGCUAUAGGCAGAUUUGGUCUUGGUUUCAACUCUGUCUAUCACUUCACAGAUAUUCCUGGAUUCAUUUCAGGUGGAAACCUGGUCAUGUUUGAUCCUCAUGCUUGCAAUCUCCCAGGAAUAACUCCAUCUCACCCCGGUCUUAAGAUCAGUUUUGUGGGAAGAGGUCUCCUGGAGCAAUUCCCCGAUCAAUUUCGUCCAUACCUGCUAUUUGGAUGUGAUUUGCAAAAGCCCUUUCCAGGAACUUUGUUUCGCUUUCCCUUACGAAACUCCUCAACUGCUGCUAGUAGUGAGAUCAAGCAAGAGGUGUACAGUCCGGAGGAUGUUAUGUCAUUGUUUUCAUCGUUUCAAAGUAGUGCUGCAGAAGCUUUACUUUUUCUACGCAACGUUACGAGCAUUACUGUGUAUGUUAGAGAAGACGGCGGUCAGGAAAUGCAGGAGCUGUAUCGCAUUAGAAGGCAGGGUAGCGAGUCCAAGGACAAACACGAUAUUGCACACAAACAGGUAUAUGAGUUUGUCCGAGGGGAUCCACAAAAUCCUAUAGAUAAGGAGCAGUUUUACAGAAAAUUGCAGCGAACUGCGGACACACAACUGCCCUGGCAUUGUGGGAAGGUGGACAUAUCGGUACGCAUGGCAGGUCUGGAGAAGUCAGAAUCUUGGCUCAUUAGCAAUGCAAUAGGUGGAGGCAGCGCAAGGGACCAGUCUGUAGCAUUAGAAAAUAGGUCACGGGGCUUCGUUCCUUGGUCGGGCAUUGCUGCUCCUUUACAACCAGAACAUCCAGCAAGAGUAGGGUCUGAAAAUACCUCUGGUACCGUCGGAGUAUCUACUACAGUUGGAGAGACCGUCUUGGAUGCGAAAAGUGGUCUCAGUUUUGAAGGUCGUGCGUUUUGCUUCCUCCCUUUACCAGUAAAAACUGGCCUCCCGGUGCAUGUGAAUGGGUAUUUCGAGCUCUCUUCCAAUCGCAGAGAUAUUUGGUAUGGAGAUGAUAUGUCUGGAGGUGGAAAGUUGAGGUCCAACUGGAACAGUUGUCUUCUUGAAGAUGUUGCAGCCCCAGCCUAUGCUAGACUUCUGGCUGAAGCUGCCAAGGAGAUAGGACCUGUUCAAAGGUUCUAUACGCUAUGGCCUAUUCAUACUAUAGGAGAACCUUGGAAUUCCUUACUGCGUCGACUAUAUUUGACUGUUGUGGAACUUGAUCUUCCUGUCCUUCAUACUGCAGUUGGGAGAGGAAAAUGGGUGUCAGCUAAAAAAGCAGUAUUCCCUGAUAACAGAUUUUCCGAGGCACAAGAACUCGGGAAGGCAUUAGCGGAAGCUGGCCUUCCCCUUGUUGAUGCACCUGAUCCCGUUGUGUCAAAGUUUCGCGAGUUCUGCCCUUCACUGCGAUACUUGACACCUCACUUGUUGCGAAAGUCAUUAGCUGGGAGAACCCGCAGUCUGGGGAACAAGAGAGUCCUAGCAUUGGCUCUCAAGUAUUGCCUAAGUGAUGUAGAGCCUUUGCAGGAGGCAGAUAAGCUCCCUGGUCUUGGCCUUCUUCCCCUGGCCAAUGGUACCCUCGGAACUUUUGCACGAGCAGGGGCUGGAGAAAGAAUACUCGUAGUUUCUGGAGAGGAUUAUGACCUUUUGCACGAUGCUGUAGCGUAUAUGUUGGUGGACCCUAGCAUUGAGGAAGAUGUCUUUUUGAAGCUUCAGAAAAUCUCUGAGCGUGGUUUGACAAAUACCUCACCGUUGACUGGCCCUAUUCUCGAGGACCUCCUUCCUAGGCUCGUGCCCCCCGAAUGGCGGGGUAAGAAUGCUGUUGUUUGGACUCCCGGCCUUCAAGGACAGCCAACCUUGGCCUGGAUGGAGUUGCUGUGGACGUUUCUGAAUGCCUCUUGCGGAGAAUUGUCCUCGUUCUCGGAGUGGCCUCUGCUACCCACAUCUGAUGGACAAUUGUUACGACUGACGGUAAGAAAUUCAAGGGUUCUGAGAGACGAUGGAUGGAGUGAGAAUAUGGCUGGCGUGCUACAAAAAGCACAUUGUUACUUGCUCCGAAAUGAUCUGACACUGAGACAUCCAACUCUGGGAGAGUAUGUUCAUGAUGCCACAGCUACUGGUGUGUUGAAUGCGUUGCUUGCAGCAGCUGGUGGCAAUCUUCGCGCUUUAGCUCCCUUGUUCAAGAAUGCUUCAGAUGGUGAAUUACGAGAGCUUCGAAGUUUCCUCUGCCAAUCCAAGUGGUUUGCCUCAGGUGUCAUGGCGGGCUUGCAGAUUCAAGUCCUUCGAGCAUUGCCGGUUUUUGAGUCGUAUGGCACAUUAUCAAACGGUAGACGUAGGUUCGUGGACUUGCCGGAAGGCAAGAGAUGGUUUGCGCCUGAUGGUAUUAAUGAAGCCCUUCUGGGGGAGAAUUUCGUUCGUGCCGAAUCACUGAAGGAGGAGGAGGUACUGACGAAGUUUCUCGGUGUCAGUAAGCUCAGCGAGUCAUUGUUCUACCAGAAUCAUAUGUUUAAUAACAUAUCAAAAUAUAGUCCGGAGGUUAGAGUGCGGGCCAUGUUGAAUGUCAUACACGAGCUACCACGACUUGUAGAAGAGGACCCUUCUAUUCUUGCUAAGCUUUCGCAAAUUCCAUUCGUUUCAACCGAAGGAGGUGCUGUCGAAACUCCUGGGAGAUUGUAUGAUCCCCGGAUACCCGAGCUGCAGACACUGCUGAAUAAGCAGGCAUUUUUCCCAUCAAAUGAAUUUGCGACAGUUGAUGUGUUGGACGUGUUGGUACAGUUGGGCCUGAGAAGGUCUUUGGGGCGGAAGGGCUUAUUGGAUAGCGCAAGAUCAGUUGCCAUGAUAAGUAGUUCAGAUCAGGAGGAAGCUGUUAGAAGGGGUAAGGCUUUACUAGCUCAUUUGAACGAUCUAGAAGUCGUCUCUGAGAGUGUUGCCAAUGAACAUGACGAUUUGCUAGUCAAAAGUGGACCAACUUCCGAAGACCGAUCCUUUGAGGAAAUGUUAGGAGUUUCCGAAAGUUCAAGUUCGUCCAGAGCCUUCAGUGACAAGUCAACAAGUGCAACUAUUUUCAACUCAGCAAAACAGUCAACUGGUAUGUCCUUAGAUAGAAAGCAGGCAUCCAGAACCAUGAGGCAUCCUCUUUCUUACAAGAACGACGACGAGGAAUCAGAGAGUAAUUUUUGGACACAGCUUAUUAAUAUUAGCUGGUGCCCUGUUUAUAUUGAUGCCCCAGAGCAGGGACUUCCUUGGCCACAACCCUUGCAAGGUCCUAUAGCUGCUCCGAAGGUGGUUCGCCCAAAAUCGCUUAUGUGGCUGGUCUCUGCAACCAUGCGUAUCCUUGAUGGUGAAUGCCAAUCUCCUACUCUUCUGUCUAAUCUUGGCUGGUCUCACCGUCCAAACGUCAGUGUUCUCGCCGCGCAGCUCAUAGAGCUUUCCAAAGGUUUCUCCCUUGUCAGUAAAACUACUGCGAUCAAACCGAAGGAUUCAGAAGAAGAAGGAGAAGAGGUGGAUCCCAGAGCGGGUGUCACUGCCAUUUUGAGCAGAGAAAUCCCCGCCAUCUAUCAGCUUCUUCAGGAGUACGUUGGAUCACAGGACAUGAUGAUAUUGCAGUCGAUGCUGGAAGGCAUACAGUGGGUAUGGGUGGGAGAUGGUUUUGUGUCACCGAAAGAGUUAGCCUUCGAUUCACCAGCACAUUUUCACCCUUAUUUGCACAUUGUGCCUUCCGAAAUUGCCGAAUACCGGACUCUCCUAACAACGUUAGGUGUACGGGAGAUGUUUGGCGCACAAGACUAUGCUGAUGUACUUCACCGCAUCGCUGAAGAUGUCAGAGGAGCUGCUUUAUCUCCUGAUCAGUUGACGUUUUGUUUGAGAGUGCUAGAAGCACUUGCGGAGAUUUUGCCACCAGCGGGGACGAGUACUAGUAAGCACCUUAUGGGGAUGGUGCUCAUUCCGGAUUCAUCAGGGGUUUUGGUUUCAGCAAAAGAUUUGGUCUACAACGAUGCUCCUUGGCUGGCCAAAAGUGUACCAGGGAUGCGACGACUCGUUCAUCCAGACAUUGAUAAUGAUCUGGCUGAUCGGCUGGGUGCUAAGUCAUUGAGGUACUUGUCGCUCGUAGAUCAGGAGAUGACAAGCAACCUUCCGUGCUUAGCAACGAAUGUUAUAUCUGAAGUUCUCAGCGGCUAUGGAGAUGAGGAGCUCUUGCUGUUUGAUUUGCUAGAAAUAGCAGAUUGCUGCAAGGCUCGAAAGGUUCACAUUGUGUACGACAAGAGAGAGCAUCCGAGACAGUCUCUUCUGCAACCAAACCUUGGUCAGUUUCAAGGACCUGCUUUGACCGUUGUAUUCGAAGGAGCGGUUUUAACCACAGAGGAGGUUUGUAAUCUGCAAGGAUAUCCUCCAACAAAGCUUCGAGGUCAAAUUUGUGAUUUCGGUAGUGGCCUUUUGAGCGUUUACAGCAUCACAGAUUUACCGUUUAUUGUAUCAAGUGGGUGUCUGUACCUGUUUGAUCCUUCUGGACAAAUUCUAGCAGCUUCUUUGGCUGAUGGUCAAGCUGUUCCUUCCGGCACGCCCGUCGGCAAGGCCUACUCUUUGACUGGCACUGACCUCCCACAGAGGUUCACAGAUCAGUUUCGUCCCUUGCGAGUCAGCAACACGAUAACUUUGGGGCAAAGAGACGCCACAAUAAUUCGUAUGCCCUUGCGCACGGCACCUGUGUCUGAGAAUUUUGGAAAGGAGCUGGGUGAUAGGGAGGUUGCAUGUAUCUUGAACAAAUUCAAGAUUCACGCUUCUACGACAAUGCUCUUUCUCAACUCUGUCGAAGAUGUGUGUGUGACAGCCUGGGAGGAAGAGGAGACAGAGCCGCACGAAUUAUUUUCUGUCCGAAUUGAUCCUGCAAGGGUGGCCCUUCGCAACCCUUUCCAGGAAAAAAAAUGGAGAAAAUUUCAGCUCACAAAUCUCUUUGGUGGUUUCAAUGUUGCAUCCAAGAUUCACAGUAUAGAUGUACUUCUGACGGAGGAUGGGAAGAAAACAGUUGACAAGUGGCUUGUGGUGCAAACCCUUGGUUCUGGUCACACAAGGGAUAUUGCUUUGGACAGAAAAUAUCUGUCUUACAACCUUACCCCAAUUGGUGGUGUUGCUGCUCACAUUACACGUAACGGUUUAGUGCCUCCUCUCUCGAAUGAGAAUUAUGUGAUGACACCGCUUCCACUGCCAGUUGCAUUUGGGCUACCAGUGACAAUAGUUGGGCAGUUUAUAGUGUCUCACAGGGCCGGACAUCGCCACCUCUUUCACCGUCUGCCAAACAACGAGGGUCAGCCAACAAGCUCAUCAACUCCAACUCCAGUGCCCGAUGAGCUGGCCGCUGCUUGGAACAAGGAGCUUUUGGCAUGUGUUCGUGAUUCCUAUGUGGAGCUUCUUCAAGAACUUCAGCGUUUACGCCAUGAACCAUCAACUUCACGAGCAGAUCCUCCAAUUGGGAAGGGGCUUGAUGGGACCCACGGUGUUCCGGCUAACAGAGCAUACGCACAUUGGCCAAAGUCGAAAGCGUUGCUGCCAUCUCUGUCUAAGGUGAAGGCAGGUGCUUCAUAUUAUGCGGGCAUAGAUUGGAGUUGCUUAGCCGAAUGGUUAAUCAAACCCAUGUACGUGCGUCUUGCAGAGUUGCCAGUUUGGCAAUUACACGGUGGCACCAUGACUAAAGCUUCAGAGGGAAUGUUCUUGGCUCCUCCUGGAAUAGAUCGGCAAGGAGUGGCACCUCCAGCAACCGUGUGUGACUUUCUCAAGGCUCACUACCGUGUAUUUGUCGUGCCGUGGGAGCUUACCAAGGAAAUGGAAGCGGCUGGCGUAGCAGUGAAAGAGUUGACACCCAAAAUGUUACGUACUCUAUUGAAGUCUCCCACUGUAGCGGCCGCUGUACAAUCCGUUGUCACACAAGUUGAUCUUCUGGAGUAUUGUUGUGCUGACAUCAGCUUCCAAGAGCCUCCUAGUGCAGCAGAUUCAGCCCCCGGUGAUCUACCAAGCAGCAGCUCGAGGGAACCAGAAGGUCAAACACCUGUGAGCAACACUAACGGUACACCUGUAACCGUGUCUGGUAUUAGGCUUCGGCCUGGAAUUAAUUGGCCGGAGCAGUUUGGGUCGGACAACAGAGGUCUUCCAGGGGUCUUAGACCGCGGAGGAGACGCUGUCGGGUUGGUUGCUGAAUUCGGGAGGGCUAUAGCCGAUAUAGGUCGAGGAGUAAUCGGCGACUCGGUGCAGCAAUUUGGGGUUCUCUCAAAGGCUGUCGAGUUGAAGGGCUUACAGUGUCCUACGGGGACAAGCUCGAUGGCUAAGCUGGGUACUGUUGAGCUUUUGGUGGGAACAAAGGAACAACAAAGUUUACUUCCUGGAAUGGCUGCGAAGUUCGUACAUCCUCUUUGUCUUGAGCGACCUCUCCUAGCUGAGUUAUUUCGCCAUUCCACAUACCAGAAUACUUUGCGUUUGAAGCCAUUUUCAUCUCAGCUGCUGGCAACUCAUCUAGGUGUCGUGUUGCCGAAACAGUGGGUUGCAAGAGGUAGCCCGUUGGCAACAGUUCCCUGGGUUCCAUGGGAGCAGAGCCCGACUUCUCAAUUUAAGGGUCCGUCCUCUGAAUGGGUCCAGUCGUUUUGGAAAAACGUGGAUGCCUCGUCCUCCGAUGAGCUGAACCUGUUCACGCAGUGGCCUCUCAUCCCCGCCGUCACCUCCAUCCCUGUGCUGUUGCGAGUUGGGAACCGCCAUUUAGUUUUCGUGCCACCAGUUCCUCACACUACAUACGUAGCCCCGAUUGCCACACCAACCGAUCUCCUCACUGGCGACAGUACUGCAGAUACUACAAACACUUUAUCGUUGGACUGCACAAGAGCGUUCGUGGAGGUUGAAAGACAACACGCGUGGUUACUGCCUUUGCUUCGUAACUGCAAUGUUCCUGUGUACGAUAGGCGGUUUUUAGACUGCAGUGUCCUUCAAUGUUGUGUUCCGUCGGAAGGCCAGUCGUUGGGGCAAAUAGUGGCAUCCAAGCUUUUGGCUCUUCAACAAGCUGGGCAGUUAGUUGUUUCAGAGUUGGCCCUUAUGCCAACGGAUUGUGAUUCAUUGUUUUCCCUCUUUGCCUCGUGUACGUAUGAUUCUACAGUUGUUACUCAUGCUGCAUCAAUACCAGCCUAUUCGGCGGAGGAGCUCAUCAUGCUCAGAUCCCUUCCUGUAUACAAGACAGCGAGAGGAGGGUAUGUGGCCAUCGAUCAGAGACUACACUGUGUAGUUCCACCCACCACAUUCAUGCAGCCUGAUGAUGAACACUGUCUACAGUACUUUUCUCUCUCUGAAGGUGGCUCGUUCUACCAUGUGCUGGGAAUCUCCGAGCUCACAGAUUAUGAAGUUUUAGCAAGAUUUGCUCUCCCGGGAUACGAGACACAUAGUGAAAGAGAGCAAGAGCGCAUCUUGUCUUACGUUUACUCUAACUGGGCGAGUUUGAAGCUCGAGGAUGCUGUAGUAGCUGCGUUGAAACAGACGAAGUUCGUGAGGACAGGCAAUGACAGUACACAAUCUGAAAACGCAGAGAAUAAUUUGUGCUCUCCGCAGGAACUUUUAGAUCCUGAGAACCCUCUUCUGAAGCGAGUAUUUGCCGGUGAAGCCGGGAGGUUUCCAGGGGGACAGUUUGCCACCAGUGGCUGGCUCCGCAUUUUACGUGAUGCAGGACUACGAUCUGCUACUGACGCCGGGCUGUUACUGGAGUGUGCAAGGAAGGUCGAAGAACUGGGACAGCAGAGUUCCCAUGAAAAUGGGGACGAUGAUGUGUUUGAAGCAGAGUCCUCAAGUGGCCUUGGCGAAGUUUCUACCGAGGUUUGGGCCGUGUCAGGAAUGCUUGUGGAGACGAUUCUCGCCAACUUUGCAUCUCUUUUCGGCACGAGCUUUUGUGAGCCUUUAAGUCGGAUUGCAUGUGUGCCAGCGGAACGCGGUAUCCUGAGUGGAGGAGCGGGUCGGGGGAAGAGAAUACUAGCCUCAUACAGUGAAGCGGUCCUUCUGAAAGACUGGUCUUUGGCUUGGACUUGUGCUCCUGUCCUGGCAAGACCCAGUGUCGUCCCUCCUGAGUUUUCUUGGGCAACUUUGCGGUUGCGUAGCCCUCCCCCAUUUUCGGUUGUUCUCAAACACUUGAAGACUGUGGGGAAAAAUGGAGGUGAAGAUGUGCUUGCCCGUUGGCCUAACGGGAGGGGCAUGAAGUCAGUGGAGGACGCUUUCAGCGAAGUGUUGAGAUAUCUCAGCGCUACCUGGGAUGGGCUUUCCGAUGCAGACAAGGGGGCUUUGCAAGGCGUUCACUUCAUCCCGGUAGCGAAUGGGACUCGAUUGGCGAUGGCAAGUGCCCUUUAUGCCCGAAUAAGUAUGGAUCUAGCGCCCUUCGUCUUUGAACUGCCCAGUGCUUUUCUUGCAUACGUGAAGGUUCUGGGAGAACUGGGUAUGCAAGAAGCUCCAAGCUUUGAAAGCAUGAAGCAUCUACUUCUACAGCUCCAGCAAUCAUGCGGAUAUCAACGGCUAAAUCCAAAUGAACUUCGAGCUGUCCUGAGAAUUCUUCAGUUCAUUUGUGACAAAAGCAAUCGACUGAAUCUUAAUGGCCAGCAAUCAUCGGACGAUUUUACAACCGACGCAGUGGUACCUGAUGAUGGGGCCAGGCUCGUGCAUGCACGUGCGUGUGUUUAUGUCGAUGCUGUUGGGGCAAAUCUGGUUGGUGAGAUCGAAUCAGCUCGAAUGAAGUUUGUUCACCCACUUGUCUCGGAACCACUCUGCAUCCAACUUGGAGUGCGAAAACUAUCUGAGGUGGUUGUGGAGGAACUUGAUGAAAAUCGAUCAUUGGAGAUGACAGACAUCAUAGGUCCAGUUUCGCGCAUGAGUGUAGCAGAAAAGCUACGAAGUCGUGCGUUUGUAGAGGCUGCUUGGGGAGUUGUAGUGGAAGCUGGACAGACGGUUCCUCUGCUAAGACAGCUUAGCAAAGAAAAAAUCGAACAAACUCUUUAUUCUGCUGCCGAUGGAUUGUGGUUUGUGCGGCGACUAUACACGAAGUUCUGGCUUCUUCCAGGACGGACAGACGUCACCAAACGAUCACCACAAUCGUCAAAUUCGAUGUCCAUCGAUGACUUUGGAGAUGUAUCUAAGGAUGUGGGACACAGAGUGUACGAGUUUAUCGACAAAAACCGCAUUCUUAUAGCUGAACCUCCAGAUUAUGUCAGUCUAACAGAUCUGCUAGCCGUUGUUGUGAGCCGUCUGUUGGGCUCCCCUUCCUGCUUACCUAUAAGUGCUCUUUUGAAGUCACCUUUGGGCAUGGAAACAGCUGUGAAGCGUGUUCUGAGGCUUGGUUCCAGUCAAAUUUCUGAUGGCAAACAUGGCCAUCAGCAACAGAGUGGUGUACCAGGAAUGAAUGUCAUUGCACCUGAUAAAGCACUGGUACAGUUCCAUCCCCUGAGACCUUUCCACGCAGGUGAAAUUGUUGCCUGGCGCUCAGAUGGAGAUGGAGAGGCACAACUUCUCCGCUACGGACGGGUCGUUGAGGAUGUUCGAGCAUCUGCUGGCCAGGCCUUGUAUCGCCUUCAGGUGGAAACAGGAGAAGGUCAGUUCCGCUUUCUGCUGUCAUCUCAAGUUUUCUCCUUCAAAGCGACUGCGGCAGCAAAUGGAUUCGUUACGAAGGUCGAAGACGUCCCUCCUCAAACCGGUGAAGAGAUCAGGAGCAGCAACAAUAGCAAUAAGCAGGCUCUAGUUGUACCAUCACCCGUGACAAGUCUACCCGGUAGUUCGAGUCAGGAACAAGGUCAAGUACGUGGUGCACAUAAUGUAUCAGCUCAAGAGGUAGGGAGGACAGUCAAAGAUAUGCUAGCGGCGGCUGGAAUGCCAAUGACAUUGGAUCAACACACAUUAUUGGAACGUAGUCUGGCUCUUCAGGAACAGCUUGCUGCUGCUGAUACCGCUCUCUCUAUUGAACAGGAGAGGGCAGAUGCGGCACUAAAAGAAGCCGAGGCGGCAAGAACAGCAUGGACCUGUCGGGUAUGCCUCAGUUCGGAGGUAGACACAAUGGUGGUACCAUGCGGGCAUGUGCUUUGUCACAGGUGUUCAUCUGCAGUAGCUAAGUGCCCAUUCUGUCGUCGUUCAGUUACCAAAGCUCUAAGAAUAUACCGACCUUGAUUCAAUCCAUGCCUGUAGGGGGGCACUUACUCACAGUAAUGUACAUGAGAUCUUAUACUACACAUUCAAAGGGUCACUUGAAAGUAACUGAUUCAAGUAACCCCAGAGAGUUAGAGUUUUUGACUUGUAAAGAACUUGUAUCAUAUAAGAAUUGUAGCAAAUGAAAGUCCUUAGAAACGACUGACAACAUUUUUUUACUCCUCCCACAUCCCGCCUGUCUGGCUUGACAAGUAAACCUAGGGUGCAGUGAAAGCUUCUGACGGAAGUUUGCAGACUUCUACAAACCCGAGAGGCGCUGGUGCACAUGUAUUUAGAUUCAAUAGCUGGACUGUUGAUUUACUCUCUCAGGACUUCGCGACCUAGUUCAGAACGACGGACAUACAUCUCCCUAGGAAAAGAGAACGGCCCAAGUCAUCUCGAAAUUUGUAGGUGCCCAUUGUACCAGCCUACAAUCUUUAAUCAACCCACAAUUGGGGAUUUUUUGAGAAUGCUUACCGCUGUCACGAGCAUUCCUACUAUUUGUUCUAGGUUUACACGCCGUUGGAUAUUUUUUAUCAUGUCAAGGGAUAUCAAACAACUCCCUUCAUAUCUUCCACUGUAAUAAAGUGUUGAGAGGCGUCUCUUGC